AUGUUGCCUAUUGAUAGCGUCCAACCUGAUGUUGAAGAUGAGCUAGAGGUAUCUGAAAAUGUAAACGAAAUCAGAAGAAAGACGAAUAAUAAUAUUGUGAAUGAAGCUUAUGAGUUAAAAGCAGAAGAGUUCGCAUGGUAUCAGCUUUUCCCGUAUGCUUGUGCUAGAAAAGUUGAAGGUGAAAACGGCAAUCGAGUGGAAGACCUGCACUUAUAUUUAAAAAAUCUAAGAGGUUCCGCUGCUUAUUGGCGUAGUGCUCUUAGUGAUCUUAUAGCACAAAUCAGAUGUUUAGGACCUCCCACUUAUUUUGUUACAUUGAGCUGCAAUGAUCUUUACUGGAAGGAUAUGAAAAGAGGUCUCCUUGUUAGUGAUGGUAAACAGCACAUUGACCCAGAUGACAUAGAUAUUCAGGAAACUCAGAGACUCAUCGAGAUGUAUCCAGUUGUUGUGAGUAGACAUUUUAUGGUACGUGUUAAUGCGCUAAUGCAGUUUCUUAAAACUGAUACUGAAAUAUUUGGCGGUAAAGUUAAAGAUCAUUGGUGA